CAUUUACAUUCAGAUCUGCUGUCAGGACCAUUCAAGCCAUGUAUCGCACAGUAUGCUCUUCUCUCUACCAGGCCAGGUUGGCAGCCAACCGCAGCGUGAUCAACUUGAGCAUUCCAAAGAACUACAAGUCAACAUUGGUCUUGAUUGAGCACAAGAACGGCAAGCUCAGCUCAUCCUCCUUCAAUGCUGUCACUGCUGCGUCCCAGUUUGGGUUCCCAGUCACAGCUCUUAUUGCUUCUUCUCCAUCCACCGCUGCUGCCAUUGCCACUCAAACUGCAGCUAUUGCUGGCGUUUCCAAAGUGGUUGUUGCCAAGAGCGAUGUCUAUGCCCAUGAUCUGGCCGAGAUGAUUGCCCCAUUAGUCGUCGAGACUACUAAGGCUGGUGGCUUCACUCAUAUUAUUGCAGCCCACACUGCUUUCGGAAAGAAUGUCUUGCCCCGUGCUGCUGCUGUAUGUGAUGCUUCUCCUAUUUCAGAUGUCAUCCAGAUCGAAGGUGUCGACACUUUUAAGCGUCCAAUCUAUGCUGGCAACGCUAUUGCGCAGGUCAAGUCAAAGGAUCCCGUCAAGUUUAUUACUAUCCGCACCACUGCUUUCCCUGCUGCUGCUGCUUCAGGCGGCUCUGCUGUCUCUGAAGAUUCUACUGUUGCUGCUGCUCAACCACUUGCACAAUGGGUCAGUGAAGAAGUUGCCAAAAGCGAUCGUCCUGAACUUGCCAGUGCCAAAAUUGUCAUUGGUGGUGGUCGUGGCAUGAAGAGUGGAGAAAAUUUCAAAAUGCUCUACGACCUUGCUGAUAAACUGGGUGGUACUGUUGGCGCUUCUCGUGCUGCUGUCGAUGCUGGAUUUGUUGGUAACGAUCUGCAAAUUGGCCAAACUGGCAAGAUCAUUGCACCCGAACUGUACAUUGCUGUUGGUAUCUCUGGUGCCAUUCAGCAUUUAGCGGGUAUGAAAGACUCCAAGACUAUUGUCGCUAUUAACAAAGAUCCCGAGGCACCCAUUUUCCAGGUGUCCGACUAUGGUUUGGUUGCCGAUCUUUUCAAGGCGAUUCCCGAACUCACUGAAAAGAUUUCUAAAUAAAGGAAUUGAUAUCAUACUUGAAUCUUG